AUGGCAACUUAUACUACCCAAAGACCUCCAUACGACACGGAGCUCAUGUCCUUCAUUCCACCUGUUCCCGAAAUCGCGUUUGCGCACACUAAACAAGACUUAGUCCAACAUCGUCAAUUCUUCGGAUUAGUCACCGACCCAAACCGCGAGAGGAUCAUCUCUGAUCCCGACAUAACUGUGACCGAGCGGAUCAUCCCGGGCGCUCGUGGCGAUAUCACACUUUCAGUCCUCACGCCCAAGAAACCAAAAGGUUCCCGCAUCGACCGUCAGUCUGGAAUACUACAUUUGCAUUCAGGGGGGUUGACCGCUGGAAACCGAUUCACUGGAGCUGAGCUCGUGUGGGAAUGGGUCAAGGAACUGGACGCCGUAGCCGUCUUGGUGGAGUACCGACAGCCACCUGAGCAUCCUUUUCCAGCACCUCUGGAAGACUGCUAUGCCAGUCUGCUCUGGAUGGCAGAGCAUGCAGAUGAACUGGGUUUUAACUGUGAGCUUUUGAUGAUCGAGGGCCAAUCUGCUGGUGGGGGACUUGCAGCUGCGACGGUGUUGAUGGCUCGAGACAAGGAUGGCCCCAAAGUUUGUGCGCAGCUGCUGUGCACUCCGAUGCUGGAUGAUCGACUUUUGAGACAGGAGGGCGUCAGCCACUUGGCAGCUCCCGCAAGGGCAACGGACCUCUCAGGUUUGCCCCCUGCAUAUAUCGAUGUCAGCUCAGCAGAGCCUUUUAGGGACGAAGCUGUUGCCUAUGCCCUUGCAUAA